AUGGUUCGCCCAAUUAGAGAGCAGUUUCUACUAAGCGCGGUAACAUCCGAUUCGACCAAGUACGCAUACGCAAUCUCGCAGAUCCAGACAAAGUACAUAAAGAAAAUCAAAAAUGUCAUAACCAAUCCACCGACAUGCGGAAAGUACGAAGCGGUAAAAAGAGCCUUAAUUCAACGGCUGAGCGACUCGCGAAAGCACCGCAUUCGCCAAUUACUAAAACGCGAGGAAUUAGGCGACAGGAAGCCGUCGCAGUUCCUGCGCCAUCUACGGACGCUCGCGGGCAACACAGUACCCGAUCAACUCCUGCGCACGCUAUGGCUCGGACGACUGUCAGCGCAGAUACAAAUAAUUUUAGCGACUCGUGCUGACGACCUCCUCGAAGACAUGGCGGAACAGACAGACCGCGUUACGUGGUCACGUGCCUAA